AUGCCCAGCGAUCGUCGGCCAAACCUUCAACGUGGAGGACGCUCCGGCACCCCGCUGCUCUUCAAGGCAGAGGACCACAUGGCCGAGGUGGAAUCCAAGCGGCCCUCUCUCUCUCCGGCGUCACAACCGACCCCCGACACCCACGACACCGCAGCCGGUUCCCACCCGCCCAUGACCGCGGCCUCAUCGCAACGCGGCGCCUUCAGCCGCCAAUCUACGAUGCACUCGCGCAAUCCUACCGGCGCGCUCGAAGCCGCCAAGGCCUCUGCCCGCAAGAAAUACCUCUUCGCCGGCUUCUUCCUCUCCGUGUCCCUCGUUGCCUUCUGCGUACAGACCGAGCUGUCCGCCUACAUUCAGCACGACCUGGCCUGGGGCAAAGCGUACUGCAUGAUGUAUCUAACGCACAGCUCGUGGAUAGUUUUGUGGCCAAUGACGGUUCUGGUGUUGAGGCUCCAGAAGCGUCACGAGCCGUGGGACCAGUUCUGGCGGAGACACCUGCAAGUCGUCCUCUCGACCGUCACCAUGAUUGAGCUGCAGACCAUCAACGUCACGACGCCCUCGGUCGCCCGGCGCGGCAGACCGGUCAUGUACCUGGCGCGCAUGACGAUAUACAUCACCUCGGCUCUGACCAUUGCCGGCCUGAGCUGGUACAUUGCCGUGAGCCUAACCACGCCAUCCGACCUGACGGCCAUAUACAACUGCAGCGCCUUCUUCGCAUACGCCUUCUCCGUGCCGAUCCUCAAGGAGCCCCUCCGCGUCGACAAGUCCGUCGCCGUCAUGAUCGCCAUUCUCGGCGUCCUGGUCGUGGCCUACGGCGACACCGGCUCCGAGGAAGCAACCUCGUCCGCGUCCGGGCCCUCUGACCCGGGCGCGGGCUCCCGCUUCGCAGGCAACCUCAUCAUCGGCGUGGGCUCCGUGCUGUACGGCCUCUACGAGGUCCUUUACAAGCGCUACGCCUGCCCGCCCGAUGGCGUGUCCCCCGUGCGCGGCACCAUCUUCGCCAACGUCUUCGGCUCCUGCAUCGGCUUCUUCACGCUCACCGUGCUCUGGAUCCCCCUCCCCUUCCUGCACUGGCUCCACAUUGAGCGCUUCGAAAUCCCCGACGCUUCGACGUGCUGGCUGAUCCUGCUGGCCGUCUUGUCCAACGCCACUUUCAGCGGCUGCUUCCUCGUGCUCAUCUCGCUGACGUCGCCCGUGCUGUCCAGCGUCGCCGCCCUGUUGACCAUCUUCAUUGUCGCUAUCGCCGACUGGGUCCUGACCGGCCAGCCGCUGAGCUGGGCCGCCAUCGUGGGCGGGAGCAUGAUCAUCGUGGCCUUUGCCGCCUUGAGCUGGAGCACCUACCGGGAGAUGAUGGAGCACGAGGCGCACAAGCUGGCUGUGGAUCUGACCGACGAUGAGGGGGACAUGGACAGUGAUUGA